UUUUUUUUUUUUUUUUUUUUUUUUUUUCUGAAAUAUUUAGGUACAAAUAGCUUUGGGUGGAGCUAAUUUUUGUAUAUAUAUAUAUUUAUACGCGCUGAAAAUACCUGUAAUCAGGGCUGGGCAUCAUAGAGAAGAGGUAAAGUUGCGAACUUGAAGUAGAGGAUAUUAUGGGCAAGUUGGCGGUGGGGGCUGGGGUGGUGUGUGCGGCGGCGGUGUGCGUCGCGGCGGCGCUCGUGGUGAGGCACCACAUGAGGAGCUCCGGCCGGUGGGCCAAGACCGUGGCUUUACUGAAAGAGCUGGAGGAGAAGUGUGGGACGCCGGCCGGCAAGCUCCGGCAAGUCGCCGACGCCAUGGCCGUCGAGAUGCACGCCGGACUUGCAUCUGAGGGUGGCAGCAAACUCAAGAUGCUUAUUAGCUACGUUGAUAACCUCCCCUCUGGGGAUGAAGAAGGCCUGUUUUAUGCGCUAGACUUAGGAGGUACAAACUUCCGGGUCAUGCGUGUGCAGUUGGGAGGGAAAGAGAAAGGCGUAGUUAAUAGAGAAUCUCAAGAAGUCUCAAUUCCACGGCAUUUGAUGGUUGGAUCAUCCGAGGCACUGUUUGAUUUUAUUGCCCAUGAGCUCGCAAUGUUUGUCAAGAAAGAAGGUGAAGAUUUCCACAUUCCACCUGAUAAACAAAGGGAAUUGGGCUUCACCUUUUCAUUCCCGACUAGACAAACCUCGAUAGCAUCGGGAACUCUUAUAAAAUGGACAAAGGGCUUUAACAUAGACGAAAUGGUUGGAGAAGAUGUUGUAGAAGAGUUGACAAAAGCAAUGGAAAGAGCUGGCCUUGAUAUGCGUGUGGCUGCUUUGGUCAAUGAUACUGUUGGAACGUUAGCGGGGGGUCGAUAUAACAACCCCGAUGUCGUUGCUGCAGUCAUAUUGGGUACUGGAACCAAUGCUGCAUAUGUGGAGCGGGCAAAUGCGAUUCCGAAAUGGCAUGGUUUACUGCCUAAAUCAGGAGAGAUGGUUAUCAACACUGAAUGGGGUAAUUUCCGGUCAUCUCAUCUUCCAUUAUCGGACUAUGAUCUAAGUCUGGAUGCCGAGAGCCUGAACCCGGGAGAGCAGAUAUACGAGAAGCUAAUUUCUGGCAUGUAUCUCGGAGAGAUUGUCCGGAGAGUCUUGUGCAAAAUGGCUGAAGAAGCCGAACUUUUUGGUGAUACUGUCCCACCAAAGUUGAAAAUUCCUUUCAUUUUAAGGACUCCUGACAUGUCUGCAAUGCAUCGUGACACAUCUGCUGAUCUGAAGGUGGUUGGCAACAAACUAAAGGAUAUUUUGGAGAUACCCAACUCUUCCUUGAAAAUGCGGAAAGUAGUGGUCGAGGUGUGCGACAUUGUUGCGACUCGAGCAGCCCGCCUCUCGGCUGCAGGGAUCGUAGGCAUACUCAAGAAGUUGGGAAGGGACAGUUGGAAGGCGGGGGAGAGCAACAAGAGAUCCGUCGUGGCAGUGGACGGAGGGCUGUUCGAGCACUACACCAAGUUCAGAGACUGUAUGGAGAGCACACUUAAAGAGCUGCUGGGGGAGGCGUCCGAGAGCCUCGUCAUCGAGCACUCAAACGACGGCUCGGGUAUCGGAGCUGCGCUCUUGGCGGCCGCUCAUUCGCAGUACCUCGAAGCCGACGAAUCUCUUUGGUCGGUGGCCGAAGCAGUUGCGUUUCCGGCAGAGUAAUUGUCAGAGGCUUUCUUGAGUUGGAGUCCAUUGGAAAUGUUAUUUGAAAGCUUGAAUUCAGUGGCAGAUAGAGAGGGUUGUUCACACGCGUAGCUGCAGAGAAGCCUUGUGUUUCAUGAGAACUGUAAUCAUAAACCCUGAAUGAACGCUUAAUUGUAUUUAAUAAAGUUCUUUGUUUCGAUUUAUCAAUGAAUUAUAACCAA